AUGGACCUGUUCUCCGCCGCCUGCAAGAACUUUGGUCUGAUCAUCAACACGCAGAAGACGGUGGUCAUGCAUCAACCGCCUUCUCACUCAGCCACACCCCCCAAAGCGCCGCAAAUCAGCGUGAAUGAGACCCAACUGCAAGUGGUGGAGAACUUCCCGUACCUGGGCAGUACCCUCUACUGCAACAACAAGAUCGAUGAGAAAGUCGCCAAGAGGAGCUCGAAAGCCAGUCAAGCAUACGGCCGCCUCCAAAGCACAGUUUGGAAUCGUCAUGGUCUCCAACUGAGCACGAAGCUAAAGAUGUACAAGGCCGUCAUCCUGCCGACGCUGCUGUACAAAGCGGAGACUUGGGCGGUGUACACGAGGCAGGCACGCCGACUGAACCACUUCCACCUCAGUUGUCUCCGUCGCAUCCUGAGGCUGAACUGGCAGGACCGCAUCCCUAACACUGAUGUGAUGGAACGGACGGGAAUUCUCAAUAUCUAUGCCAUGCUGAGACAAAUGCAGCUGCGCUGGAGCGGCCACCCGCCGCCAAAGCGAAACGCGAAGCUCCCAACUCACAACUUCGCCCAGUCCGCAACGCUGACGCACAACCGCUAUCAACGUGUCCUCAAUUUCAACGGACAUUUCGGGCUCGAAUCGGACUUGUUGGACAUCUUCGGAUCAACUGUACCUCGCGGACCGCACCAACCGCCAUCCCUCCACCCGCCUCUUCCCCGUCCUACCUGCCGCCAACUACCUCUGGCAAUUCUUCUGAACCUCCACUUCCGUCCUCCUCCUCCUCCUCCUCCUCUUCUUCUUCCUCCUCCUUCUCCUCCUCCUCCUCCACCACCACCUCCUGCACCUCCUCCUCCUGCUCCUCAACAACUGUCCCAACGAUGGCCGCUCAGGCGGGCGUCUCGCGCAUCACCAAUCCUGACACAAAAACCGACACCACCCCCACUUCCUCGGAUCCAGCGAUGA